UAAUUAAUAUUGCAAGAACGAUCUUUGAAAUCUCGUAUUGACCCUGUCUUCUAAAAGUAUCCAAUGGAAACAUUGCGAAGUGAUAUUACCUUGUUUUAAAGUUUUUGUGAAAAGUGAGAACGUUUAGGCAAACAUGCUAAAGUGGGUAUUAUUCAUGCUGUCAAUCGGCUUCGCGGCGAAUCUCAAUUUGAAUCCGGGAAAAAAAGAUCCAGACACUUGUAUGACAAAAGACAACGAGGCAGGAAUUUGCAUAGUAUAUUAUCAAUGCAACGAAAAUGGGACGGUCAAUACUGACGGCGUGGGAAUUCUAGAUGUACGGUCUGGUGAUUCGCCAUGUCCGUCCUACUUAGAUACCUGCUGCAAAAUGUCGGAUACACGUGGAACAGACGACCCUAUCACACCCAAGCCUAUACAGAGACAAGGCUGUGGCUGGCGAAACCCAAACGGCGUUGAUCCUCUUAUCAGGACAAACGAGAGAGGGGAUACUGCCCAGUUCGGAGAAUUUCCCUGGAUGGUUGCUCUACUACAAGUACAACCCCUGAGUACUAAAGAGCCAGGCGCAACGUUUAAUUUAUACAUCGGCGGUGGUUCACUCAUACACACUAGUGUUGUUCUAACCGCCGCACAUUUGGUCAAGACGGCACAUCACUAUCGCGCAAGAGCGGGGGAAUGGGAUACCCAGACGGACAAAGAGGUAUUCCCGUAUCAAGAAAGGGAUGUUGCUGAUGUUGUUAUACACGAGAAGUUUAAUAAACGCAACCUUCACUAUGACAUAGCUCUUCUAUUCCUGGAAUCAGAAGUAAAAUUAGCACCAAAUGUUGGUGUUGUUUGUCUUCCAAUAUCUGAAACGGACGGUGAAAAAUGUUUCGCAUCUGGCUGGGGCAAGGAUCAGUUCGGGAAGGAGGGGCGCUACCAGGUUAUUUUGAAAAAGGUGGAGUUACCAGUCCUGAACCAUGAUGUAUGCCAGGCGCAACUUCGCAAAACGCGCCUCGGGAAAUACUUUCAGCUGAGCAAGACCUUCAUGUGCGCGGGUGGCGGUGAUCAGGACACUUGCAGGGGCGAUGGUGGAUCGCCGCUAUCUUGUCCUUUACCGUAUCAAGAAGAUCGAUACGCGGUAAGUGGAAUAGUUUCUUGGGGAAUUGGUUGCGGGCAGACUGGCAACCCUGGAGUGUAUGUUAACGUGGCAACAUUUAGAUCUUGGAUUGACGAGAAUGUUGCCAGACGCGGGUUCGACACUAAUAUGUAUAACUAUUUACUAUAACUAAAUUAAUUAAUACGAAAAACAGAACUGUGAUUUGACAUUAUAAAUUUAAGUAUAAAGUGACGAAAAUCGAAACAAAAUCAUUUAGCACCCCCAUUAACGUCAAAAUUUAUUGGUUUGGAAAUUGUCACCUGACAAAGCGUGAGCUGUCAUUUUCAUACAAAUCACUUUCCCGCUAUCGAGUUUCAGACUGUCAUUGACACAGACACGCUUAGCGAUGUUACCAUUUUGACAGAUCACGCCUGUCGCAAAGUUUUUUAUCGCCAAGCAGCUUGACGGAGCUGUCAAAUCUUUUUAAUAUUCAGAUACAGACUACAGUCCUUCUUGUCUAUCUAAAUCUAUCGAGUCUACAAGAGCUCAGCCC